AUGAUCUCGUGGGUCGUGGCCUUGCAUACUGUCUUGGACACGGCGGAGCCGGUGACACUGUGCUGGGCGGCAGUGAUUCGGUCCGUCAGGCUCUGGCCGGACAUCUCUGUAGCUCCUCCACCACCCCUCCCGCUCAGCAGCUGGCGGGGACUGGGACCCCCAAGAGCCGGAGGGUCCCUACCCCCCCCACCGCACCCCCUACCCCCACCGGCUCCUUCCCUGCCUGCCGGCCUGGGGCGGGGCUCAGGGCCGCGCGCUGCCACCCAGCCCAGAGAGAACCGGCUUGUGUCACCCGCGGAGUCGGACAAGAUGUCGGGCACUCCCUUGCCCCCGCCUCAGUUCAGCCCACCCCUUCCCUGGUCAGCUGGAGCCCGGCAGGGUAAGAGGGACAGGCAGCUGCAGGAAAAUGGCGGCGCCAGGCUCCUCCUCGGAGCUUUCCGGGCUGCCCCCGGGUCACGUGACUCGGACCCCGCCCCCUCCUCCCUUCUCCCGCCCCCUCCUCCCUUCUCCCGCCCCUUUCCCUUUCCUUUUCCUCUUCGACGCCCGCCCUCCCUCGCUGAGCGAGGGAAGAGCGGGGCGGCGCCCGCGCGUUACGUGAUGGAACCCGCCAGGCCGGCGCAACAGGAGGCCAGCCCGAGGGGAGUGCGCAGCCGGCGCGUCACGUGACUCUCCCUGCCAACAGGCUGAAUGAAGAUUUUAAAGAAUCUAGAGGAGGUCAAAACCACAAAAUGGAAGAAGCCUGGGGUCACAGAUAAAUCCUUGGAGGAAUGCUGCCCAUGAGAACUGCAUGACCAGGAACACCUGUGUUAGAUUUUAUUUGCUUUAUUAAAUUAUGCUGCUGGGC